AUGGUUGACAUUGCUAAUAGCCUACUUUCACAAUUUCCUAAUCCUGAACACCCAUACAUAGCUCACAGUAUCGCAUCUCAUUGGAAAGCGUGUCAAGCCUGGAGUUUAUAUUAUCUCUCAGAAAAAAUCAAUAACACACUGAAAUUUCGUCUUGGUAAAAAACACUCUGAUCAUAUUCAAUGGGAACCAAACUGUCCUAUAGUUUAUGCUACCAUCAGGGAAUUCACCGAUUGGAUAAACGAUGAAGUAAAGGAUGCGAGUAAUCCCUUUGCGAAAUAUCCUAAAGAAUUAUGGUGGGCUUACGCAGAUUACAUAUAUAUGUCCCAAUUGGAUGAAUUUCAAGCAUUAAUCAAUGAUUUAGCCUUUCAGCAGUUAUUUCCAUUUUUACCGAGUGAUAUAAUCAAACCAACAUUUUGGCUUGGAUCAUCUAGAGCGCAUACUAUAUGUCAUCGUGAUACAUAUGGGGUUAAUUUAGUUGUACAAAUCAACGGGACAAAACGUUGGCUAUUAUUCCCUCCAUCAGAUAAUCUGUAUAUGUAUGAAUCUCGAAUCCCGUUAGAAGAAUCAACCGUGUUCAGUAAAGUGAAUUUCCCAGUGCCAAACUUUAAAAAAUAUCCUCUUUUAACGAAAGCAACACCUUAUUGUGUCACAUUACAUCCAGGCGAUAUACUUUAUGUUCCAAGGCAUUGGUGGCAUUUUGUUGAAUCCACGACUACGACGACGACCACCACCACCUCCUCCUCGAAUUACACAUGUUCAGUCAAUUUAUGGAUUGAUCAACCUUCAUUAGAUAAUAGAAUACGUUUUAAAGAAGGACUUACUCAACUAGUUGGGUUUUCAUUACUGUCGAAUUGUUGUAAUCGAUCUGUUGUCUCUAAAGAUGUUUUACACCCUACUGAAUUAAAAGCUUUUGAAACGGAAUCAUGGUUUAAAGAGUUACUUGAUCAAUUAGGAUUAAUUUAUGGUGAGAAUUCUUUCAAAUUAUGUAAUGGAAACAAAGAAGAAGAAGAGGGGAAAGGCGUAAAACGGUCGAAAAUUUAUCCAACAAUCGAUUGGAAACCUUUAAUAUCAGAAAAGUUGGAUAAUCUAUUUCCAUAUUUAAAAGAAAUGAAACCAACGGAAGCAGAGGACUUCGCAUCCUCCAAUAACAUGACAAUAAAUCGACUUUCUAUUGAACAGAUUCUUAAUGCAUUUAUGAAACCAGAUGUUAUUGACUUGGUAGCUAAACACUUAGAAAAUGAUGUUAUCGAGUGA